AUGUUCAAUGUGCUUGUAGCUAAUGAUGAUAGUGAGGUAGAUGUGGUGUGUCGCUUAUGUAAUAAGAAACUACUUUCUGGAUCGAUUGCUGAUUCUUUGAGCAUAAGUGGGAAUGUUGUUGUUUUGCAGCUUUGGUCGUAUGAACGACUUGGUUUGCAUGUUUAUUUUUCUCGCAAGGAAUUUCCGCGCGUUAGGCGAUUUUGUUCGUUAAAUUAUACAACCAAAAAAAGAGAUGUUUUGUUUAGGACUAGCGAGUACCUCAGUGAUAACGAUUGUCUAAAUCCCGUCAUACGUCGUGCUUUCAACUUGGAUGAGGGAGUGAGGCCUCAAGGUUCCAAGCGUGAAGAAGUACCACUUGAAAAUGAAUAUGAUGAAAAUUGGCUAUCAGCCUCUAAGGAAAAACUGAGAACAAACAACUUCAAGAUAAGAAAACUCAGAGAUGAAAUUGCAGCUGUUAAGAAGGUACUUGGUGAUCGUCGCAAGUUUCAAAAGGUGGAACAAUCUCCUUCAGGAGAUGUUGUUGUACAACCAUUUCGUUCAGGUCAUGAAGCUGUUGGUGAUGUUGAAGGUGAGGGUAAUGAAGGAGGUGCACAUGUAGAUGAACAAAAUGAACUACCUGCAGAUGAAGAACCAGCUUCUACAACGGUUGUAGAAGAAGAAGGAGUAGCCGGUGACCAUCCAAUACUUGUCAUUGACGUUGGCGAUGGUGUUGAUGAUGAUGAAGGAGAUGUGGAUGCAGAACCCUUGAAUGUAGUGUCUUUGUGUUCUUUUGUUGGUGAUCCAAGAACAGUGGUCGAUUUGGAUAUGUUCUAUGUGUCUGAAAUUAUGUCUCAACUCUUGACCACAAGUGAAUGUAGCUCUUUAGGGCCAAGGCAAUGUGUAGACAACAUGGCUUUAAUUUUUGCAGCAACAAUGUUCAUGUACUUUGAGAGAAGGUUGAGUGGAGUCAUAAAGAGGAUUGUAUUCAGUCCUAUGUUUGGGACCCAUGUGCUGCACGACUAUAGGAAACAACCAGCGAAUCAACAUGUGUGGCAACUUCUUGACUACCAGCCAUAUUUCCGAUACGAUCUGGUUCGACUUGAGGCCUUAUCGUUUGCUGAUUGGGUGUUCAUCCCAAUUGUAAGUGAUGGUCAUUGGUGGUGUUAUGCACUGAAGGUCUGCACUUUUCAAUUUUAUGUCAUAGACUCACUUGCCAAUGGUAUCAAAGGACGUUGUCGGAUUGGUAGAAGCAUUGCUCAAAAUAUUCAAAGGUUUUGGGGUUUGUUGACGGAUAAACUUGAAGAUUCGAAGUGUCCUUUGUUAGUUGAGAAAGCCAACAUCCCAGUCCAACCAAACACAUACGAUUGUGGUGUAAUCAUGAUGAAAGCUAUUGAAAUUUGGGAUGUAGAGGAGAAAUAUUAUUGUAAAAGCAUGCCUGAUUAUACAAAUGUGCUUCCUGAGGCAGGGGUGGGAAGGCAGUAUUGGGCUGCUGUAAUCGAUUACAGGCACGCUGUAAUCACUUACGAGUGA